GCGCGAGUAGGCAGGCUCUGGUAAAAUUACACUGGAAGGUUUUUCUUUCUCUCAGUGCUUGAGAAUAGCGAUGUUUGAAGGAUGCAAAGAAACAGGUAAAAAAAGUUUCGCGUUCGUUAAGUUUUUCCUCGUGUUCCCUCUGUCAUGACGACAUUCGAGUUUUUGACAUUUUUCUAAGACUUGGAAUGCACAUGUGACGAAUGAAGAACUCAAGGGGCAAUGUCGUUUUGACAGCCCAUGGGAGGUCGAAUCCCCUAAUGUUACUCUCUUCAUCAACUGCUUAUAAUCUUCUAAUGUCAAUUAAUUGGUUGAUUUUAAGCGCUUUCAUAUCUUUUGGACAGUGCAAUGAAUUAUCAAAGUUAUCAAAUACAACAUCCUUGCUAGACAGUUUGCUGUCAGAAGACAAGUAUGACAGAAGAAUUCGACCUGGUUUUGGUGGACCAGCAGCUAUUGUUGAAACAGAUAUAAACAUUCGAAGUUUUGGUCCAAUAUUAGAAUCUGAAAGGGUUUACUCCAUGGACUGUUAUUUCCGACAAACUUGGUAUGAUUCAAGACUCCGGUUUACUGCAGCUCAAGAAGAACUAUCUUUAAAUUGGAAAUUUCUACAAAAAGUUUGGAUACCUGAUACAUUUUUCUUCAAUGGUAAAAACUCAUAUCUUCAUAAAGUUACAGUUCCCAAUAAAUUCAUACGACUGCGUCCAGACGGACAGCUAUUAUAUUCUAUGAGGUUAACUGUCAAGGCCAGCUGUCCUAUGCAUCUGAGAAAAUAUCCUCUAGACACUCAAGCAUGUCCUUUGGAAAUUGGAAGUUAUGCCUAUCCAUCUCAAGAUGUUAAGUAUAUUUGGAAAAAUGUUUCCCUUUCUGAAGAUGUUGUGUUAUCGCAAUAUGAAUUUGUUAACAUCUCAAUAAUUUCUCGAACGAAUACUGUAAGAGUAGGAGAUAGAGAGGACCAGCGAACUGUAUUAGUUGUUCACUUUAUAAUAGCAAGGAGGAAAGGUUAUUUUAUCUUACAGAUUUACGCACCGUGCGCUAUGAUAGUUGGAGCUUCGUGGGUAUCUUUCUGGAUUAAUAGAAGUGAUGCUGCUGGUAGAGUAGCUGUAGGUGCAACAACAGUACUAACAAUAGUGACUAUGGGUUUCGGUGGUCGAGCAAGAGAAAAAGUUGGAUCUGCAACAGCAAUCGAUUGGUUUGUUAUUAUGUGCUUUACGUUUGUAUUUGCUGCAUUAGUGGAAUAUGCCUUUGUAAACUAUAUUGAUAAUUAUGAAAAACAGCAAAUCAAGAAACAACUAGAGUUGGACAGAGAAAAGAAGAAGAAGGAGGAAGCUACGAACAGUUUGAAAAGGAGAGAAUACAAAAAAAAAUUCAAGACACUCGUUGAGAUGGACAGAGAAAAAAAGAAAAAGGAGAACCCUGAUGGAACUACUGCAGAGUCUACGGACUCUCCAACAACAUCUCAACCUAGUUCAGGAUUCAGCAGUGUAAGAUUUAAGGAGCCAGAUGAAAAAACCACCAAUUCUUUUUCAAGGGACAAACAACUUCUGGAACAACAGAAACAAUUGGAAGAGCUUAUGCAAGGAGCCAAGCUUUCGAUAAGGCGAAGGCCCUUUCCUCUAGGAAGGGGUCUAUCUUUGGAAAAAAGUCCAUAUAGAAAUCGCCACAUUGCGAGUAAAGUUGAUAGCUAUGCUCGUGUAUUAUUUCCUGUAUCAUUCGGUAUAUUAAAUUUACUGUAUUGGACUCUGUUUCUUCAUAUCUUGGAUGAUGAAUUAACUGCUCCUACUGAAGGAAAUGCAAAUAAAUAAGUAUUUAGAAAGCCUUGAUGACUAGAAAAUCAAAAAUAUACUUUCAUGUGUUGACAUUACCAUAGCUUACUUAAUAUCUUUGUAAACACAAAAUAAAAAUUGUUAUUUUUGUA